AUGGAUCAGGACCAAGUCUUCGAAGAGCUGCGCGCCAUGAUGCCCGCUGCGACUCCAGGUGGUCUGGCAGGACCUCCGCAGUCUGCCUGUAUCCUCGCCUAUGGCCAGACAGGUUCUGGGAAGACUUUCACCAUGCACGGAGGAGCUGGCGAUCAGAGGGGGCUGGUCCCACGCGUGCUCUUUGAGGUCUUUUCGCUGGCCAGCGCGAGCGGGGCCACCGUGUCCCUGAGCGCAGUGGAGAUCUACAAUGACACGGCUUACGACCUCCUCGACGGCUCGGGGUCUGCCAGCGAGGCUGCAAACGAGCCAUCGGGCCGUGCCUUCUCAGCCGGGCGCCUUGCGCCCCCGCCUGGGUUGAGCUUCAGACACGGUUGCCGCGUGGCAUUGGAGCAGGCGACCUCCAUCGAGGUGGCAGCUAUUGAGGACGCAGAGGAGCUGCUAGAACAAGCCGCCGAGCGUCGCAGCACCAGAAGCACGUGCUUCAAUGCAACCAGCAGCCGCUCACACAGCCUCGUCCUGGUCCACGCAACGAUUCCUGGAUCUGCUCAGGGCCUUGAACCCGCCCUGCGGAUCGCCUUCGUGGACCUGGCAGGCUCGGAGCGGCUGCCAGCCGAGGCUGCUGGUCCCAUCGCCGAAGAGAGCCGCCACAUCAACCUCUCGCUGUCAGGCUUGGGUUCGGUGAUCCACGCGCUGAGGCACAAGGCCAACCACCUGCCCUACCGCUCCUGUCUCCUCACGCGGCUCCUGGAACCCUUCUUCAAGGCUAGUGGCCGGGUGCUGCUCUGCGUCUGCGUCGGCCCCGAGCGACGCCAUGCGCAGGAGACUCUUUGCUCUAUGGCUUUCGCCGACCGCGCCAGCCGGGCAGCUCUAGGUGCAGAGUCGGCGCAGGAGGUCCAGCGAAGCCAGGCGCUGACAGCGGUCCGCGAGGUACAUGCCCUGUUGCGGCUGGCCAUCAGGGAUUUGCUGCCUCAGUCCGGCUACAGCCAGACCAGCACUCGUCUACCAGACUGGGUCGCGGCUGAGAUCAUCUCCUACAUGCCGGAGCACGGGGGAGCAAGCUUUGUCUGCCGAGCAUGGGCAAGCCUCUGCCUGUCCCAUCAUCCCUGGGGGCGGGAGUUUCGGAGAUCCCGGCGCUUGGCUGAGAGUGUCCUCAAGUUUCUCCAUCCUGCCAUGGAAGCGGCCGGCGUGUGCAAGGUAUGGUGGCAGGUUGCUGGGUCCUUCCGAAUCACCGUCGAGUCCUCCACAGUGAAGGUGCUGGAGGCGGCCUCGGGGACGUCGGCGAAGAUUUGGGCACCGGCUUCAGCCAAGACUCGUGCUGACAUGUGGAAGGCUUUCCUGGCCGCCGGCGGUGGCAGCGACGUGGGCGCGCGGCCGCUGCAGUCAGUUCGAGAGUGCGUCAUUGCCGCUGCCCCUAAACCAGAGGCUCUGCGGUUCGUCCUUCGCCGCUGCCCGGCACUUCGCUGUGCCGAAGUCACCGAGUCCGGGUUGGUAAGCAGCGCAUGCUCGGGGCUGGCAUCUUGCUCGAAGCUGCGUGCCCUGAAGUUGAGCCUGUCCCUGGUGCCGAACAUCGUGAAUCUCGGGCAGGUUCUAAAGUCGUGCAAGCAGCUGCGGGUCCUGGUGCUCGCGAACUCGGGCGACUUCCCAGUGUCGGUGCAGUACCUCACGGAGGAGCUGCCCCGUACCUGCGGCCUCCGCGAGCUCACCCUGGGCCGCUGCACCGCCACGUGGAAGGACUUCGAGGUGCUGUGCAAGGCAUGCCCGCAUCUUCAAGACCUGCGCUUGCCCGAAGGCCACGUGGACGCUGGAGGCCCCUUGAGCCCACCGCCCCUGGUUCCCUUGGGCCGUCUGAAGCAGUUGCGAUCUGUGGAUCUUCGUGGCCACAGCCGGGCACAGAAAGCCAAGUGCUGGCUGACGGAUGACAUGUUCGGGAUCCUCGCGCAAGUCCGCCACCUUCGUGAAGUCCGGGCAGACCAUCAGCGCUUGCUCUCGGACCGGUGCUGCUGGUUCUUGCGCCGGCACUGCUUUCGCUUGCGAGUGCUGCACCUCACUGGGUGCCGCGCUAUGUGCGGUGAGAGUAUCUUCGGCCUGCUCCACAUGUGCGAGAGCUUAGAGUCCGUGCGCCUGCCACCGUUGGUGAUCGGAUCGUCGGAGCGCAAACUUGGAGUCCCUGGAACGAACCGCUGGUGUUCUGGGCUUCGGUGCGCCCGCCUGCGCGAUCUCCGAGUUGACAGCUGGCCCUUCUUGGAGGAUUCUGGGGUGCAGAUGCUCACAGCCCAGUGCCCUCGGUUGCGGAUGUUGUGGUUGCGGCAGGCCCCGCGCCUGUCUGACGACGCAGUCAGCUACAUCGCCGGGCUCACGCAGCUCACGAGCCUGUCCCUAUCUUUGGGUGCAGGCCUCACCGACCGCGCCCUGCGGGAACUGAGCAGCGCUGGCUCAAAGCUCCGGCACUUGGACCUUUGCGGCUGCCGCCAACUUACAGAAGCCGGCGUGGUGGACUUUGCCGCGCACGUUGCCAAUGGUGGCCCACGGCUUCGUUCGCUGCAGUUGGACUCCUGCCUGCAACUGGGGCGUGGGGCGGCGCAAGCGCUCUUGACCUGCGGCUCGCUUCUGAGGUGCAGCUUGUCCAGUUGCCGACCUCUUCCCGAGCCUGCGGAGAAGUGGCAGGAUCUGGAGAGCCGCAGGGAGGCCUGUAGGGCUCUUGGAGUGGAACCACCGGCCGAAGAAGCUGAGGGUGAGGACGGUGGCGAUGCUCCUGACUUCGGUCGUCGCGCCGACCCCUUGCAUGAGGAGGUGGCGCAAUGUGCAGUGUGCAUGGACGACAUCCGAGCAGAUGAAGAUGCCUGGCAAUGUCCUGUGUGCAACAACAAGCUACACGACACCGAGGACUGCGCAAGAGGCUGGCUGAGGCUGAGGCAGUCAUGCCCAACAUGUCGAUCAGCAGCUUUUCCACCGCCAGAGGAGGUCGCUGCCCCCCUCCGAAGCCGCCGUCGGCCCCCGCGUGCGCUGUCGGAAGAGGCCUCGCCUUUCUUCUCAGACAUCCUGCGGCCACGGAGUUUGCCACAAAUUGCAGUCUCCGGCACCAACGUGUUGAGGUCGACUCCUGCUGCUGCUGCUGUUGACGCGCUGGAGGAGGGCCCUCGGACGAGCGCGUAUCCACAAACGGCCCCCAGGGGCCGCCGUCGGCCGCCAAGGCCAGAAGCCAAUCCUGCUUCCAUCGUAUCGCCCGCCAGGGCUGCGGCGGCCGCCCCCAGGGCGCGCUCGCUACCGCCGCCGGCGGGUCUGGUACUGGCUGGCCUCGCAAUCGUUGGCAGCGGAAGCAGCGCUCGUGGUUCUACUGGCGCAUAA